AUGACCACCGUCACUCACGCUAACGGCAGCCAACCCAGCUCGCAAGCUACCUUUACGUGCUUUCCUCAACUGCCCCCUGAGCUCCGGGAUCUGAUCUGGGAAGCUGCUCUGCCAAUCUGGUCCAUCUCACUCAACAUCGAGUCGCGCCACCACCGGUACGUUCAUAUCUGCCAGCGGAUAGGCCGCGGUCGACUCGCCAUCUCGCAGGCGUGCCACGGCGCUCGGUGUGCAGGUUUGGAGACCCUUGCCAAGAUGGAAAAGUACUACAGCGCACAUCAUCGCAAGGAACUCGGCCCAACAGACAUCGACUACAGCCGCCUCAUCUCCUGCAAUACUGGCUUCGCGGGCCUAGCCAUCAAGCCGGAAGCGUCGGAACUGCAGCACAUGUUCCUAUGUCUCCGUCCCGGGGAAGCAAAGCAAAUGCGCGCGCCGCAGGUGACCGUCCUUGCCGCCAAUCUGCUCGCGGCGACGCCCUCUCUCCGGUCGAUCUGCGUCGUCAGGAUCCCGUCACGACACCUGAGGAACGAGGAGGUGAUCGGAGGGUUCAUUAUGGACUAUAUCCGGGUCAUUAAGGAGGGCUACAAGUACUACAAUCCCAAACGGCAUGUGUAA